GCCGCGGUCUCUUUGCGUGCCCGGCGCCCUUCUUCCCCGAGGACAGACAGACACAGGCCGCCGGGGGGCGGGGGAUGCCAGGCUGCCGCAUCAGCGCCUGCGGCCCAGGGGCCCAGGAAGGGCCGGCAGAACCGGGGUCCCCCCCGGCGCCGCCCCGGGAGCCCCUGGCGUCCCCUCAGCCCCCGCCCCCAACUCCGACCUUGACCCCGACCCCGACCCCGACCCCCGUGGAGUCCCCGCGGCCGCAGGAGGUGGUCCGAGCCCCGGCGGGCGCGGCCGAGGGUCAGGAGCUGCAGCGCUGGCGUCCGGGCGCUAGCGGGGCGGCGGGGGGCGGCGGGGCGGCGGGCGCGGGCGGCCGCGCGCUGGAGCUGGCCGAGGCGCGGCGGCGGCUGCUGGAGGUGGAGGGCCGCCGGCGCCUGGUGUCGGAGCUGGAGAGCCGCGUGCUGCAGCUGCACCGCGUCUUCCUGGCGGCCGAGCUGCGCCUGGCGCACCGCGCCGAGAGCCUGAGCCGCCUGGGCGGCGGCGUGGCGCAGGCCGAGCUCUACCUCGCGGCGCACGGGUCGCGCCUCAAGAAGGGCGCGCGUCGCGGCCGCCGGGCUCGCCCGCCCGCGCUGCUGGCCUCGGCGCUCGGCCUGGGCGGCUGCGUGCCCUGGGGCGCCGGGCGGCUGCGGCGGGGGGGCCACGGCCCGGAGCCCGACUCGCCCUUCCGCCGCAGCCCGCCGCGCGGCCCCGCUUCCCCCCAGCGCUGAUCCCGGCGCGGGGACGCCCGGCCACCCCGCGCUGGCCGGCCAUCGCCGAGCUGCUGACCGAUGGAUGCUGGCUGGCGGGCCGCAUGGAUGGCGUCAUCUGUGAGGAUGGACGGACCGACGGGUGGCAGGAAGAGACAGUCGGGGGGAGCCAGCGGCCCAGUAAAGGAAACGGAGCUCCUUCCAGCCUUCAGUUUGGAUCUCUGGACUUUUGGAUUCUGCUUCUUCCCUGGACACCUCCAUCAGCAAAACUUCCAGAACUGGCCCUCCUGACCUCGGCACCCCCCUCUCAGGAGCCCUCACCUCACAGGGUUGGGUUCUGGGAAACUUCUCCAUGCUCUGAAUUUCUCUCCAUACUCUGCCUUGGGCUUUGCUUACUCCGCACCAGUGGAGAAGUUAGCACAGAUUAUCAGGAAACACAGCAGAUAGUUCCAGUGCCAGCAAAAAGAAAUUCUUUAGAGGAGAGUCACUAUUCUUAAACAAGCCUCGGCAUAGCUAGAGUCCUCAUUUGGGUAGAUCUCAUUGCUUCCUAGUCUAACAGCACUAGGAGGCCUGCUUGACAAAAGAACACUGGUCAAAGAAAUGCCUCCGUUUCCCUCACCCACUGCCCUGGUUCUCCCUGAGUGGAGGUGUGCUGUGGCCCCUCACAAUCAGCCGCUGCCUCCCGGGGAGAUACACCUCUUUCUCAGGAAGAGGCGGUGGCCACAAGAACCUUCCAAAGUUUUCAAUGCAAAAGGAAAACACAUUUAUUCAAAUAUUGUGAUAAAGGAGGGGGCACAUUUCGUCACACAUAGUCCAGAACCCAUAGAAUUCUACAAAGUGAAUGUAUAUUAAACACGCCCUCAGACUAUAUAUUCAGGAAGAAUAAAUCUCAGUAAUGUGAGUCUGAGGUAUGUGGUU